GUAGCAGAACUUUAAUAGAACACGUGUAUAACGAUCAGUUAGGUAUACUAACAGAACCUUGACACGAGCCCUUUCAUCGAUUCGAGUGUUCAGGAUAUUCCUAUUUCCUGCCACGCGAAGAUCACCGAAAUCAGAUCUAAUUCUAUGAAGGAAAUUCAAAACGAACGGAAUGAUCCAGCGCGAAACUAUGCUCCGUGAAAACAGCAAAAAGCAAUUCUGAUAAAAAUGUGGUAUUACGUCGUUUGAGCAAAACACAAAUAAAAAGCUUCAGUCAAAGCCGUAGCGCGUGUAAGUGGUGUAUGUGAACGAAAUCAAGAGAGUGUGUGCGUGAUCGUGUAUUGCUUAUUGGGCCUCUGCUGUGGCCGUACUAAAACGAGAAAGGACGAAGAGAUGGCGGAAAACGGCAGUCAUGUCACACCAAGUGAAGCCAUCGUGGUUCAAUCCGACGACGAGGAGCAACGAAAAGAGCUGUAUCCUAACACGGUUCCCUCGGAUUUUCUUGUACAGGUGGAACGUAGGAACAUUACGGUGGACAACUGCGAUUCGAAAAACGAUAGGACGGAUGAGAAAGAAGACGAGAACAAUCAUCGGGUAGAGACAAAAUCGAAUCGAGCACAAGAAUUACAAAUACAGAUGCAACCGCAAAUACAGCAGACUGACACACGAGGUGACAGAAAAAUCGAUACGAGUCAGGAUCACAUAUCGGAUGCUGUAUUCAGUAGUCAAAGAGUAUAUAAGAAAUCCUCGCCGAAUAAUAAGUUGACACUUUACUUAGCUAGCAGAGAUAUUAUCGUCAGCGAAGCUAAGAACGACAACAAACUCCUAGGUGUCCUUUUGGUUGAUCCCGACUAUGUACGCGAUAAGAAGGUAUUCGGUCAGGUGACGUUGACUUUUCGUUACGGAAGAGAAGACGAAGAAGUAAUGGGCUUAAAAUUUUGUAAUGAAGCAAUGAUGUGUCUGGCUCAGCUGUAUCCAUUUUAUGUAGGAGCUCAUCAUUUGGAGACUAAGAGCCUACUCCAGGAAGCACUUAUCAAAAGACUAGGACCCAAUGCACAUGCGUUCACCAUAGAAAUUCCCUCAAUCGCUCCACCAUCUGUACAACUAGUACCAGCUAAGGAAUACAAUGGCCCGCCUAUAGGUAACAGCUACGACGUCAGAGUUUACGUUGCGGAACGGGCGGACGAACGCUUGCAUCGUAAAACCACCGUCAAGAUGGGCAUUCGGGUGAUCCAACGAGCCACGAAGCCGCCCUUACCCUCGACGACUAUGUACAGUGUACCUCUCUCGAGAGAGCCAUCGACUAGCUUGAGAAUUCAAGGAUCCAAAACAAGAGUGGCGUUAGCGGAAAAUGAGAUCAUUGAGGAUGAUGAGAACGUGGGACCACAUGCGGCAGUAGAAAAGCCAUUUUUAUUAAGUGAUGGUCGCGUUAGAUUGGAAGCAGGACUUGAUCAUGCGAUUUACGAACACGGAGAUUUAAUCAAUGUCCACGUCAAUGUUAGCAACAAUAGCAACAAAUCAAUAAGGAGAAUAAAGAUAAUCGUCGUACAACAUGUGGACGUCUGUAUGUUCAGUAACGGCAAGUUCAAGAAUGUUGUGGCGCUUGUGAGCUCGCAAGAGGACUGUCCUCGAGGUCCAGGUGGUAAUUUGCGAAAGAUUUAUACUCUCAGGCUUGUUAAGGGCACAACUAAAAAUUGGAUCGCAUUAGAGGACAGCUACGCGAAAACCGGAGCAAGUCUGGCAUCAACGGUUACUAAUCCUAGAAACGGACCUGAUGAUAGGAACGUUUAUACGAUUUACGUAUCUUAUUAUGUGAAGGUUAAACUGUUCAUCUCGGCGAUGGGUGGUGAAGUAUCUUUGAAGCUACCGUUCACGCUGAUGCACAGUGACAUAGAUGCAGAUCUCGUGGGAUUCCCGUCCCCUACUCGAGGGGUACCAAAAGAAUUUAAAAAAAGCACGAAUGAGAUCACAGAGAAAUCUGACAGCAGUAGUAGUCAUCAAAAUAAGGAGAAUAAGCUGGAAGCCAUUAAAGAACAGAAGGAGUCAAGAGUAAUUGACGUGGACCUGAUAGAGCACUGCGAGGAAAGCGACAGCACCUGAGAGCGGGUGCAACAAGACGAUGCGAUGUCGCGGCCGUCUGUCAGAGAAAGCAGUGAUACGAAAGUUAUCAAGAAUUCCAAUCACAAAGCUUGUAGACUUAGCGUCAGCAUUCAACGAGCUUGGUGUUGCUUUAGAAGGGCCUCUUAGUAAAUAGAAUUCUCGUAGCGUCAGUGACAAUUGAUAGCAUUUUGCUUUGCACCUUUGUUGUGAUUCUUCCUAUUUUCUCAUAGAGAAAUCUCGUGAUGAUUGUACAAAAUAAAAGAAAAGAAAACAAGAUAAUGUAUAGUGAAUCCUGUUAAUUGAAUAAGUCAUUAAAAUCAUUGUAUACACUGAAAAAAAUGCAUGUAAUUUUACAUAGAAAUUACAUGUCUAUGA